CUUUUUCUUUCUCUUUUUCUUUUUUAAAAAUUAAUUAAUUUUGUUUUAUCUAAGUUUGUUAAUCUAAAGUACUUUUGUUUUGAGUUUGGACAGAAGUCGAUCAAUCUUUGGUUACCGUUUUAAGAACUGGUUCAUGUGAUCUAUUUCUGCUCUCAACUGGGCUGGGUUGUUUUUGUCUUUUAUUGACCUGGUCUAGGGGGGCUCUUUAAAAUGAAAAGUGGUGAAAUUUUGAAACUCUUUUGGUGGGUGAGAGGAAAGAAGUGAUUUUGAGGGGUUUGAUGAGUUUUGGAUCAGUGAUUUUAGGGUGUUUGUUGAGGAGUAGAAUGGGGUUUGAUGGUGCAAAUGGGAAGGUGAAGAGUUCUUGGGAUGUGUGCAAAUCAAAGGAAAAGGAGAAGAAGAAGAAGGAGGUUGAAGAUGAAGUAGAGGCUGAAGAAGCGACUGGGUGUUGGCUCAAGUUAAGGUUUAUUGGAAGCUGCAUUUUUUCAAGAUCCAAAGUUGAUAGCUCUGUUAGUGGCACCAGUACUCAUUAUGCAGAAAGUAAAUCUACAAAUGAUACCAGUAGAGACCAACCAACAGCUCCAGUAGUCUCAUCUACUACCACCAGUAAUGCAGAAAGUAAUUCAUCCACUUCUAAGCUUGAGGAAGAGCUUAAAGUUGCUUCUAGGCUACGAAAAUUUACAUUUAAUGAUCUGAAGUUGGCAACACGAAAUUUUAGGCCUGAGAGUCUUCUUGGAGAAGGUGGCUUUGGUUGUGUUUUCAAGGGCUGGAUAGAAGAAAAUGGAACUGCUCCUGUUAAACCUGGCACGGGGCUUACUGUUGCUGUUAAAACCCUUAACCAUGAUGGUCUUCAGGGCCAUAAAGAAUGGCUGGCUGAAGUGAAUUUUCUAGGUGAUCUCGUCCAUGUUAACUUGGUUAAAUUAAUUGGUUAUUGCAUUGAAGAUGAUCAAAGGCUGCUAGUAUAUGAGUUUAUGCCCCGGGGAAGCUUGGAGAACCACCUUUUCAGAAGGUCCUUGCCACUUCCAUGGUCCAUAAGAAUGAAAAUUGCACUAGGUGCUGCAAAAGGUCUUGCAUUUCUACACGAAGAAGCUGAAAGGCCUGUGAUUUAUCGUGAUUUCAAGACCUCCAACAUCCUAUUAGAUGCAGACUACAAUGCCAAGCUUUCCGAUUUCGGACUUGCGAAAGAUGGUCCUGAGGGAGAUAAAACCCAUGUAUCAACCCGUGUGAUGGGAACUUACGGCUAUGCAGCACCAGAGUACGUAAUGACUGGACAUCUUACAUCAAGGAGUGAUGUCUACAGUUUCGGUGUGGUUCUACUUGAAAUGCUGACUGGCAGGAGAUCUAUGGACAAGAACCGACCUAAUGGGGAACAUAAUCUUGUUGAGUGGGCUCGGCCACAUCUAGGAGAGAGAAGAAGAUUUUACAGAUUGAUUGACCCUCGUCUUGAAGGUCACUUUUCCAUCAAAGGUGCCCAGAAAGCUGCCCAGUUGGCUGCUCACUGCCUCAGUCGGGAUCCAAAAGCCAGGCCCCUCAUGAGUGAAGUUGUUGAAGUCUUGAAGCCUCUGCCCAAUCUUAAGGACAUGGCAAGCUCAUCAUAUUAUUUCCAGACCAUGCAAGCUGAGCGAAUAGGCUCGAGUCCCAAUACCAGAAACGGCUUGCGAAGUCAGGCCGGAUCACUUUCAAGAAAUGGGCAGAGAAGCCUUUCUAUACCGAAUGGUUCGCAUGCUUCUCCAUAUCACCAUCAGUAUCCCCAUCAAUCACCAAAACCCAAUGGCAAACAAUAGGAUUGGGUUGGUUCUCUCCUUUCUGACCCCAUUUUCUUCAUUUAUUUCUAUUCCCCCCUUUUUCACUCGGUAUAGAUGUAAUUUGUGUCAAAGCAUUUGUUCUUGGACAACUGAGAAAGCAACAGAAAAACGUGCUUUAUGUUGUGUUUUUGGAGUGUUGGCCUCCAAGUAGGGGAGAAUAUCAAGGCAGGUUAAGCUUACGGAGCAAAAUGUCUAAUGGCAACCAUAUGUUGCUUUAAUCUAUUUGGAAAUAUUAAGGAAAUGUUUUCCUCUCAUUCCCUCUUUCCAUUUUGCUGUCAGUUUGAUCUCUGGU